UUCAAUAAAAUUGAAACUAAGGUCCAGUCCAUUUCUCCACACCAGUCUUCGUCUUCAUCACCAAAUCCCCAGAAAAACGAGAGAAAAGUGAGAAGAAAGCCCAACCCCAUCUCGGACAUGGCCGACAACAAAGAUUGCAAGAUGGAGAUGGAAGAGAAGAAGAUCCCUGUUUUCUCAGUUCUUAAAAAUGGUAGCAUUCUCAAGAACAUCUUCCUCCUCAACAACCCCCCAUCGAUCUCGGAGCCCAGUCCGAUCGGUCCAGACGCAAAUAGGGAGAAAAACAACCAGGAAAAUGAUGAGAUAUUGCUGGUUGGACGACAUCCAGAUUGCAAUAUCAUGCUGGAGCACCCCAGUGUUAGCCGAUUUCAUCUUCGAAUCCACUCGCAACCCUCGUUAAAGAAACUUUCAGUGGUUGAUUUGUCAUCGGCCCAUGGAACCUGGGUCUCUGGGAAAAAGAUUGAACCGCAGGUUCUUGUGGAACUGAAUGAGGGCGAUACAUUAAGGUUAGGAGCUUCAACCAGGAUUUACAAGCUGCACUGGCUGCCUUUGAUCCGUGCCUUCGACAUGAUGAAUCCAUUUGUACCUCCAUCAGCGUUGGCACCGUUAGAUGUAAUAGAAGAAGAAAUAUCUCAGGACAAUGGUUCGAUGUCCUUUGUAAACAAACAGAUACUGUCGGAACCUCCAGUUCUGGAAACUCUGAAUUCUUCAUUUCCUGAUGAGAAUUCUGUACCCGUUGUAAACCAAUGCAUACCACUAGAACCUCCUACUCUAGAGGUUCUGAGUUCUUUAUUUCAUGAUGAAAAUUCAAUCUCUGUAAACAAACAGGCACCAUUGGAGCCUCCCGUUCUGGACAGUCUGAAUUCCUUAUUUCUUGAUGAGAUUUCAGCGCCAUUUAUAGAGAAUCAGGCCCCUUCAGCACCUCCCAUGCCAGAAUUUAUGAAUUCUUCGUGUCCUGAGGAAGUUCAGUUUGUGGGUGAAAUGCUUGAAGGAGAAAACCAGAGUCCUACAAGGAAACCACUGCAACAGGACAGCUUGAGCUUCUGGUCUGAACCUCGGGUGACGGAAUCUGUUAACUCAUCAUUGCCUGUGGAUGUAGUUCUCUCAGAGAHCUYGGAAGAACAAUUUGACAAAGAAAACCAGAGCUCGCAAGUUCUUUGUGUCAGAGAGGUGCUCGCAGACACAGAAAAUAAGGAAAUCCCUCUGGAGAAAUCAGAGAAAAAGUGCCCAAGCAUUUGGUCAAGAAGAGGCAAACCCUCAAGCGCCCUUCAAGAGGAAGUUCAGUCUGUGGGUGAAAUGCUUGAAGGAGAAAGACAGAGUCCUACAAGGAAACCACUGCAACAGGACAACUUGAGCUUCUGGUCUGAACCUCGGGUGACGGAAUCUGUUAACUCAUCAUUGCCUGUGGAUGUAGUUCUCUCAGAGACCUCGGAAGAACAAUUUGACAAAGAAAACCAGAGCUCGCAAGUUAUUUGUGUCAGAGAGGUGCUCGCAGACACAGAAAAUAAGGAAAUCCCUCUGGAGAAAUCAGAGAAAAAGUGCCCGAGCAUUUGGUCAAGAAGAGGCAAACCCUCAAGCGCCCUUCAAAUUCAAACUGGUAGGAACAUAAGAAAAACUGUGCUAUCUUGUACUGGUGAUGGGAUUGAACCAGAAAACCAGAACGAGAAUAAAAAUGCAUCACCUUCCACUGCUUUUUUCUCUGGUUUGGAUGGGGAGGAAGAAAUUUUUACUCCAGAUAAGGAAAAUCUUACCCCUAAUACUCUGGCGUUGAAAGCCAUGAAGAAAGGUAGACUAGAAGAAAUCAGACACCCAAAAUUAUCUGAAUCUUUGUUGGAAAAGAUUACAAGCAGUUCCAAAAUUGAUGGAAAAGAAGACACACUUUUCUCUUCGGACAAGGAGAAUAUUACACCAAAAGUUCUCUCGGGGCGACUUGCUUCAGGAAAUCGAGCAAAACUUGCAAACAUAAUGAAGAUUAAGAGAAAAGAAGAAAGGGCACCAUUCCAGUGUUUACUUGCAAACUCUAGCAGCAAGAGUUUGACAGAAGAUACAGUCCUUAAUGCCGCUACAAGGAGCAGCAAUUCUGUCAACUGUUCCCAUUCCAUGUGGAAGAAGAUCAAUCCAUCUCCUAAGGAUCAACCUCUUGGAGAUGCAAAGAAAAGGUGGUACAUGGUAGUGGACACAACUUCUCUUCUAAACAAAGAGUCCAGGAAGUCCUUGCAGCUUCUACAAGGCCUCAAGGGCACCCAGCUGAUAAUUCCUAGAAUGGUCAUAAGGGAGCUUGAUUGUAUGAAGCGUCGUGGAAGCCUGUUCAGACGGGCGACAGAAGUUUCUUCAGUAUUGGAAUGGAUAGAAGACUGUAUGGUGAAAACCAAGUGGUGGAUUCAUGUUCAGAACUCAGUGGAGGGCAUGCCAAUUGCACCAACCCCUCCUGCUUCUCCGGGGUCACAACUAAGUGAAGGGAGUAAUGGGGGUUCAGUCCCAUUUUCUUCCUUUGGAAGUUUAAUGGAGAUUGUUUCCCCAACUGCAGAAGACCAUAUCCUUGACUGCGCUCUCCUUUUCAAAAGAAUCAAGAAUGAUGGACAGCUCGUUCUUCUUACUAAUGAUGUUACAUUGAAGAUCAAGGCCAUGGCGGAGGGAUUGAUCUGUGAGACUGCAGAGGAGUUCCGUGAAAGUCUUGUCAACCCAUACUCUGAGAGGUUCUUAUGGGUGGACAGCACUCCAAGAGGACCUACUUGGUCUUGCUCAGAUGAUGUAGUUCUGAAAGAGAAGUAUUAUCGCUUCCCCAUGAAGAAAACAUCUAAGCCUGCAGAAAGUGCAAGAGGCUUGAAGCUCAUUCUGUUCCAUAACUCUCAUUAUGGGCAGAUUGAUUCAGUCAACUAAAAACUGUUGCCUGUACAUUGAAUUUGUUUUCAGUGACUACAGAUAUUGGCUGUUUUUUGAUCAUAUCAGACUAAAGUGUAUUCCAUUUGAAAAUCCUUUUCUAGUUCAGAUUCACAAGGAGAUAUAGGUCCAAAUUUUCUUCAAA